CUGUUUCUAGUCCACACGAUGUUUAUCCCACUUCUCUGGCGUCCACACAUGCACUGCCUACCUACGCCUUUUCCUCUCUGUCUCUGUGUCAGUGUCAUCCUCUAUCUAUCUAAUCUAUGUUCUAAACUAAUUGCAAACGAAACUGUAACUGCAAUGAAAAGCGUCAUCUCCUGUACCAAUCCACUUGCCCCUUUGCCUUGUUUCAGCUCCGCCUCUUGACUGUACUCAGGCCAAAUUUGGACUGAAAGAAGUAUGGCACUGGCCGCUGCGCAAUCAAUCUGUUUGUACCGUGACGAAAUUAUUGGUAAUGCAUAUUUCAGAUCAGGACUUACUAGUCAUGCAAGGUUUCACAGGCGAAGGGUCGUAAAUUUACGCGGUGUAGCUCUAAUGAAAAUUAAGUUCACUAGCAGAAAGUCUAAAUAUUUCCAAUUGAUCAGACCUUAUAGGAGCUUUUGUUGUUUCGGAUCAGAAUUUUCAACAUUGCUCUCCAGCAUGACUGAAAAGAUGUCUUCAUCAUCUGGUACUAGUACAACUAAACAUGAGCUAAUUUGGUUCCGUUUCAAGACAAAACAGACAUUUGACUUUCUUGUUGACAAAGUAAGAAUUGUUCUCAAAGAAUGGAGGCAUCUACACUUCAUGAAAGUUGUUGGUUUACUGGCGUGUGCUUUCAUGGUCAUUCCAUCAGCCAAUGCUGUUGACGCUCUCAAAACUUGUACCUGCUUGCUUAAGGAAUGCAGGGUAGAACUUGCCAAGUGCAUUGGAAACCCUUUAUGUGCUGCUAAUGUUGCUUGUCUCCAAACUUGCAACAAUCGACCAGAUGAGACUGAAUGUCAGAUAAAAUGUGGUGACUUAUUUGAAAACAGUGUUGUUGAUGAAUUUAAUGAAUGUGCAGUAUCACGAAAGAAGUGCGUACCUAAAAAAUCUGAUGUUGGGGAAUUCCUUGUCCCUGAUCCUGCUGUUCUAGUUAAGACUUUUAACAUUACAGAUUUUAAUGGGAAGUGGUUCAUUACUAGUGGUUUAAAUCCUACCUUUGAUGUUUUUGACUGCCAAUUGCAUGAAUUCCACACAGAGUCCGGAAAACUUGUUGGCCAUUUGUCAUGGAGAAUAAGAACCCCAGAUGGUGGUUUUUUCACUCGCUCAGCAGUACAGAGAUUUGUGCAAGAUCCCACCCAGCCUGGGAUACUGUAUAAUCAUGACAAUGAGUAUCUUCACUAUCAAGACGACUGGUAUAUUCUAUCAUCCAAAAUAGAGAACAAACAAGAUGACUACAUAUUCGUAUACUAUCGAGGCAGGAAUGAUGCAUGGGAUGGCUAUGGUGGUGCUGUAGUGUACACAAGAAGUGCGGUUUUACCAGAAAGCAUUGUUCCUGAACUUGAAAGAGCAGCUAAGAGCAUUGGCAGAGACUUUAACGGGUUCAUCAAAACGGAUAAUACCUGUGGUCCUGAGCCUACCAUUGUAGAGAGGCUUGAGAAGACAGUAGAGGAAGGGGAGAAAAUCAUUAUAAAGGAAGUGGAACAAAUAGAAGGGGAAGUUGAGAAGGUGGGAAAGACUGAAAUGACCUUGUUUGAGAGGUUGGCAGAAGGAUUUAAAGUCCUUCAAGAAGAUGAGGAAAAUUUCAUAAGGGAGCUAAGUAAAGAAGAGAUGGAUGUAUUGAGCGAGCUCAAGAUGGAAGCAACUGAGGUGGAAAAGCUCUUUGGAAAAGCAUUGCCAAUUAGGAAGCUUAGAUAAAUUUCACUUUGAAAUAGAUGGGCUAAUUGGUUACACCAUACCAUACAAAGUUACUUCCAUUUUUUAUUCUUUAAACAUUGUAAUCUGAUUUGGCAUCCAUACUUUUUCACUUAAAAAUGAAAUACAUAAUUCAAAUCUGUAUCAUACUUCAAAGAACAUUUUAGAGGCAAUUCCAAGGAAAUUCCAGCUUGGUAAUCUAUUUGAAA